CAGUGUAUUUAACAAAGGAUCAUUGAUUAUAUUUGAUGUAGACUGAUUGUUUUUAAUUUAUUCAUCAAUACUCUAUCAAGGAAAACACUACACAGUGAUACAGUGUGCGCAUACAUUUUACAUGCCAGCAGCAAUUAGCUAAAUUUGAUCUGUGGUAUUGACAUGCAUUCAAAGGGCAGAGAUCAUUAACGAGAGGUCAUCCCAUACGAUAGUCAGACCGCUGCCUGUGGUACUCCCAGCCAUCUAUUUAUUUCCUCUGCUAUUUCAAGCACUUGGCAUAUACAUGGAGUUCUUGAAGGUAUGCCCUUUCAGGAAGGAGAUUCAUUCGGCCGGAGGAGGUUGCAAGCGACGGAUAGCAAAGCAGGAUUGCUGCCUGCUUUGAAAACCCAGUCAGCCGAUUUGCGCUAGGCUUAGGUGGGGAAGUUAUGGGGCCAUUUGCAAUCUGGAGGAGAUUUUGACGAUGUCAUGGGACAGACGUGAUGUGACUUCACCAGCAGAGUAAAUCUGAUGGACUAGCUGUCAUCGUGUCAACUGCCAAAUGAGUGGUAGUGUUUCAUGACUUGUUUGCUCAUACUGAUGUGAAUUAUGGAACAGCAGCUAAAGAUUCCUUUGGACCCUUUUAUGAUGUGCCUUCAUGAAGCUCCUCCCAGAUAGUUGGAAUGAUCAUACAAGCACACUUUGCAGUCUGUCUUCUUGUGUAAUAAUGGAAUUUAGCAAGUGACUAGUGAUUGAUUCUCUGUCUUGUUGCUGUGCCUUGGUGAUUUUGAGAUGAGUCUCCCUUUUGGGACGAGAGGUAUGAAGAACUACAGCAGCUAUAACAAGUACAGGCCCAGUACCGGCAAAGGGGCAUCAUGGAUGCAAAGGGAAACAGCCUCCCUUCCUCUUCCUUCAAAGCAGCAUCCCAAAGAGAAGGGGAUCAUGGAGUUUUCAAAGUCCGACUUGAUGAAGCUUCUAGGAUUAUUGGAGGCAGAGCUUCAAGCCAGAGACUUGGUCAUCAACAGUCUGAAGAAUGAGCGUACCAAGCUGCUGAAACCCUCCAAGAAUCAUCAUCGGCAGUACACGUUGGCUAACCCUUACACUGCCUUGGUGAGAGACAGUGAGAAGGCAGCAGGGAAGGGAGACUCGGAUGAGGAGAAGGCCAAAGGAGCGGAUACCAAGGACGUUGUGGCGUCGUUGCAUGCAGUCAUAGAACAUCAUCGGAAAGCAGAGGAGAGGCUCAAGAACCAAGUUCAGACACUCAAAGCCAGUCAUACCAAGGCUGUGAAUGAACUUGAGGAUGAGAAGAGGAGACAUGCCCAGGACACUGCACAAGGAGAUGAUGUCACAUACAUGUUGGAAAAGGAGAGGGAAAGACUCAUGCAACAGGUGGAAUUUGAGAAAGCCCAGCAGAGCAAGCUAGAAAGAGAAUGCAAGCGAGGUCAAGGCCGGUUGAUCCAGGAACGCAAGAGGCAUGCUGAAUUCAUCAAGCUCAUGUUUGACAAGCAUUUAUUACUAGCACAACAGCUAGGAGACACUCAACAGAGAGCCAUGGAAUGGGAGACCCAAGCUCAAGCAAUGAGAGCUGAAGCACAGAAUGCUUCAAAGUUGGCGGCCGAAGAAAGAAACAAAAGUGUCAAAAUGGAAGCUGAGAUGGAGAAAAAGCUGUCAGAUUUUGAUAUUGAGCGGGAGCAGUUGUUGGGAAGGUUACAGCGAGAGGAAAUGAGGACUAGGGAGCUUAGGGAAGAGCUUGAAGCUCUCAAAAAGUCUUCUAAGAAAUCGCCAGAAUUAGUGAAUGGACGAAUUGCAAAUGGUAGCGAGUUGAACAGCAAUGCAAAAGGAAGUUCCUCAAAGAGUAUAGUGAGCAGUAGUGACAGUAAGACUUCUAAAGGGAAAGAGACCCCAGGGUCUGUUCGUAAACCAGCUGUAUUGAAACCAAAAGCAUCAGCUAAAAUUUAUGGUGCAAAGGGGUACAAGACUCCACCUCAAUCUGAUAAGUCUGAGGCAUCAUCAUCGUCGUCAUCUUCUGAAGAUAACAAUGUGACUGUUUCCUUGAGCAGGGUACACUCUGUGAGUCCUGCUGUUCCCAGUCCAAAGAGCAAUCCGUCUGAAAGUAAGAAACCAAGCAUAACCUCAAAGCCGAAGCCUAGUACCACAAACUUUUCCAGAGGGGCAGGCAAGGACAGUAGGCCUCUCAGUCCUGCCUCCAGCCUGGACAAACUAUCUGGGAAGGCAUCGUCAGCUUCACCUUCUUCAGGGUUGUCUCAGAAAGGAACAAAGAUACCCAGCAGCAGUGCCAUGUUUGCAAAUUCAUCACAACUGAGAAAAAGUGCUCCAACAGUAGCGGUUGUCGCUCCACAACCUAGCAAGGCUUCAAAUGUAACUCAGGAAGCUAGCAAGCAACAGCAGCACGCAAAGAAAUCAAUAGACAGUACAGACUCGCCUAAAUCUGACAAAAGUGAACCUAAAAGCAACCCUAUGUCCAGGCCUACAACCUUAGCUUCGGGAGAUACUUCUUUGAAAGCAAAAGAACCUGCUGGAAAAGUCUCUCAGUUGCGUAACACUCUUACAUCACCAAAAGACAAAGACACUAGGGAUAAAUCUCCAACAAGGGGAUAUGGUGGUAUGAAUGUGAAAGCAGCCGCAGCUCAACUCACGAGCCCUGUUGGCAAGAAAGUCUUCAAUCCAGUUGGAAGCACUCCGAACAAACUCAAUUCUUCCACUCCCUCAGAGCCCAGUGGUACGACCCAAACCAAAGAAGCUCCUGCCAGUGUCAGCACUAAUGCCGUCUCUGACAAAGUGAAACCUGUGGUGACUUCUCCAUCAUCCACCACCCCAGGCAAACGCAAUGUGUCACCCCGAGGCCGUCCCCCCUCUCUAACCCGCCCCACCCUGUGCCCAUCGGCCUGGGAAUCCCCUCUCCACCAGGCCGCUAGACAAGGGGACACAGCAACGCUCUGUAGGCUGAUAGAGGAGCAACAUGAUAGAACUUCACCAGAGAAAGAUGGCUCAACCCUCAUUCAUGCAGCUGCUUAUGGCGGUCAAGUAGAUAGUAUAGAUUUAUUAGUAACAUUAGGAGAAGACCCCGACACAGCUCAGUCAGAAGGACUCACACCCCUCCAUGUUGCAUCUGGAGAGGGGCAUGAAGGAUGUGUGAGGUUUCUGUCGGAGCAUGGAUGUAAUCCCCUGUCCCGUGAUUCUCAAGGAUGGCAACCCAUCCACUGGGCCGCUGCUAGUGGGCACGCCUCAUGUGUCAGAACCCUACUGGAUAAUGGCGCUAAACGUGAUUGCAUUACUAACAUUGGCUGGACACCCUUUCAUGCAUCUGCUCGGUAUGGUCAGAUGGGUAGUUUACAUGCAUUACUCUAUCACACACCCACCCGUGAACAGACUGACCUUCAGAUGCUAUCACAAAUCAACCAAGAUGAGACGACUCCUCAACCAGUCUCACCAGACUUACUUAAUAUGAUGGAUCAUGAUGGAUGGACUCUGGCUCAUAUUCUAGCCUCAACCGGACAAAAGGAGAUGCUUGUAGCCCUUCAUCAGUACGGUAGUGUUCAUCUAGCUGUACCUGAUAGAAGAGGACGUACUCCUUGUGAUGUUGCUUCAGAUUCCUGCAAAGAAUUCCUCAGCAGCAUAACUGAAGGCAAGACUGUCCGUGUUAUAGUGGACGUGAGUCAGAGUUCAGUGCCUUCCAACGACCUUUCACCUCACCUGCUCGGCCAGAAGGAUGAAGCUUCUCAGCUUGUAAUUGGUCAGCUGUCUGUCCUAUCAGGGAUGACAUGGUCUGCCUUUGACCUAGCCAUUGGUUCUGUCUUGGCAAACAGCUGCAAGAUGCCAGAGAGUGACAAUGAACUGCCAAGUCCUAACAGUGAUAAAUCUCCUUCAAGCGAGAGCUCACCAGAAAACAUUGAUAUAGGAUUGGGAGUCAACAGCAUACACAGCUAUGUAGCAGGAAACUUGCAUUGGUCAGUGGGAGAAACACCAUCCAUGCAGCCACAUGAGAUCUUUAAUCUGACCUCUGACAUUGUCAUCAAGCUCCAUGGCAACCAAAAUGGCCGCCUGGAUCAGCUAGCCUUUGAAACCUUCCUGCCACUACAGAUGAUCCAGAACUAUGUCAGAAUUAUUAAGCAGUACAAGAGUGUUCUGUUGUAUGGAUCAUCCGGGUCUGGCAAGUCAAGACUAGCUGUUAAACUAGCUCAAUACAUUCAGGCUAAAAACAAGAAUGACAGAGUGGAAUCUGACAUGACUUAUGCGUCAUUGAAUUCAACAUUUACUCAUAAAGACCUGUGCAAGCUGCUACUGAGCAAAGGAUUCCUAGUCCAGUCUACAGCAGGCAAGCCCAACCCUUCCCACAACAAGUCAGUCCAUAUCCUGGUUCUAGACGGGUUAGACAAGGUGGGCGUGGCUGGUCUGUUUGCUGACCUGCUACCUCUGAUAGAGAACAGAUCGAAUCAGAUGACAGUCCGACUACAAGCCUUGUCUAACUCAGCAAUGUUCUCACUACAUGAAAACUCUAUCAUCAUUGGGACAGUGGACGGAGUAGGACCUGGCACUGAUCUAACCGUCCAGCAGCACUUCCGUUGGAUCCGAGUUGACUGGGAGCAGGAACCAUACCGUAGCAUCCUGCCGCGGUACCUCUUCCGGCGUCUGAUCCAUGAGAAGGAUGGCUGGAUACCUUCCUCACCAUCUGAUGAGACCCUUAGGGUACUCACAUGGAUGAGUGGAAUCUGGAAGCGACUCAACGAGGCCCUCACCAGGCUCUCCAUGCCAGAGUUCAGUACAGGUCCCAAGCAGUUCUUUGCCUGCCCUAUCAACGGCGAUGCUAUAGGAUCGGUACUUAGAUGGUUGUGCCUCCUGUGGAACUACAGUCUGGCACCUCACAUAGAAGAUACCUUCCAUCAUAACGGACCUAGAGCAUCGUCUACUCACAUACAGCAACAGAACAUGGCUGCUAGCACUGCCCUCUAUGUCCUGCUUCAUAAAGCUUUCUUACCAGGAUGCCCUCUCAGUGAUGAAGAAGCGGAUGACUAUUUCUCUGGUUUCCGAGGCAUCAGCGCUCCCGCUGUAGAUGUAGUUGUUGAGAAGUCUAGCAGUGGUGGUAAGAAGCCCAGGAGGAGUAAGAGCUUAGAUCGGAGCAAGACCAGCAAUAAAGCAGCAGCACUACUAGCAAGAAACCAGGCCCAUAUGGACCUCAUAAGCUCAGAUUCUCAGAGGAAUGGACGUUCAAUGAUUCCACGCCGUGUGUCCCCUAAACCUCUCAAGACUGUUACUAAACAGAACUCUCUACCCAUCGGCUCACCGAGUAAACCACAGGAGACUGGUAGUGUCAUUACACACCAAAGGAGUCAAAGCAUACCUACAUCACCAGCUGAUGAACCUAACCUCCUGGAAUCACUCCUCAGUAACCAUGCCAACCCCUCACUCUCAGAGAUUGAACAACUCAUAGAGCUUCAGAAGACUCUCUUUGGCAAUGGAGGAGGAGGAGGAGAGGGAGGAGGAGACAGAGGAAAGAACAAAGGACUUAAAUCCAGUCAGCAGACGACUGCUGGUGAGGGGCAAGGGGGUGUGGUCGGAGGUCAAAGGUUACUUAGAAGGGCCAGCGAUGGAGGGCCUGUAUCAACUGGACUGGCGAGAACAAGGACGAAAGACGAGGGCGGAGUGUGGAGUGUAUGGGAAGAAACCGUCUGAAGCAACACAGUAUGUCUAUAUCUUCGACAGGCGUUUGCUCUGAUAUCUAUUAUGACUACUGUGAGGAUGACACUUAAAGAGGAUAAAUUACAUUAAAGUUCCAGCCAAUGAUUCAUGAUCUGAUACCCGAAUUUACAAAUAAAGGAUUUACAUGUCUGAAAUUGAAAGACCGGUGGUAUGCUUCCAUCGUGGACUAGUAGUUAUACGGCACAGCAGCCAGACAAAAUAUGUAUUAAACACAUUUCUGGCAAUCGAGUUAGCCACAUAUGGAGUACCAGUAUUUCACUUCUUCCUGCUUGAAUACCAUAUGAAGAAUAAUUAUGCAAAUAGGAACCAACCCACCAGUGCGAGACAUAAUUAUGUAACAGAGGUGGAGAAAGAGAAAACCUGAGUUUGGAUUUAGUAUUGAGAGUUUUCUGAUUAAUUUUGCGAUUACAAUGUAUAUGAUAUUUUUCCAGAUCACAUUAAAUGAAUCAGUCAAAUUCAUCAUCUGCAUUUCAUUUUAGUGCUUGUAUCAAUAAAACCUGAUUUUAGAACUGACUUCUAAUCAGUAAUUCUACUUAUUCAAACAGAUUGAAAUACUUAAAUUUUUGACAAAUCAUGGUGAAAUAAUUUCAAGAACCUCAAUUUUCUGUGGUAAACUUUUCUUAAAAUUGCCAACAAGUAUCCUCAAACCAGAGGAAACGGCCACCAUAAUUCUUCACAAGUACUUAAAACAAUAUUAACUGAAAUCACUAAAUACUGCCAAGCGUACAUCAAAGCUAAAAGAUUUGAAAAAUUCCUGCUUUUCACUAAACAUAAUUGAACCGUAUAGAGACACAGUUAUGAGGAAGCUUUAUAUGCAUGACUUUGACUUUAAUAGUAGUGGAGUAUUCAUCUCCAUUUGAUCUAGUUAGGGUAGACCAAGAGGAUGUAGGUUGUCUGUCCAUUAGUUCAGUGCUAGGAAUACUUGUCCAGCUGAUAUUUAAAACGAAUACUGUCUGGCUUAAAGAGACAAGCUUAUCAUGAAGAGUAAUAUACUUUUGUUUCAA